AUGCUGGUUUGGAAUAAGGAAUGCCAGGAAUACGAUUACGUCGUCAGCUCGGUGACUGCGAAAGUGAAGGGCGUGGCCGUUACCAACGAUUCCGAUCUGGAGGGAGCAUUAUGGGAUGUGGCCGAUCACAGUGGUCUAUCACAGGAGAAGAACUCCUUUUUUGUUGUUACUAAUGCAAUAGUCACAAAGAACCAAAGACAAGGCAGCUGUCCGGAAGUGCCUGAUUCUGGAAAAAAAUGCCAUUCGAAUAAGGACUGCACAAAGGGAUAUACUGACCAGAAGAGUAAUGGGAUUCAGACUGGCAAAUGUGUUGAUUUUGACUGGUCAGUAAAGACCUGUGAGGUCUUUGCCUGGUGUCCAAUCGAGAAAAAGAGGGUUGGUCCUAAACCUGCUAUCUUGGGAUCAGCAGAAAACUUAACUGUCUUAAUUAAAAACAAUGUUGGAUUCCCUAACUUCAAUUACACAAAUAGAAACAUUUUGUCUUACAUGAAUGAUACCUAUUUGCGACGCUGCAUUUUUAACCGAACGAUGGGUCCAUAUUGCCCGAUAUUCCGCCUGGGAGAUAUCGUCCAAGAAGCCAGGGAGAACUUCACAGAAAUGGCUAUUGAGGUUCGUUCCUCAUUGAAGAUCAACUGGGAAUGUAAGCUGGAUCAGUUGUUUCACAAAUGUGUACCAGAGUAUAGCUUUCAAAGACUGGACUAGAAAAACAGCAACAAGACCAUCUUCCCUGGCUUGAACUUCAGAUUUGCAAGAAACUAUAAGCAGAACAGAGUGGAAGAACGCACGCUGUUCAAGGCGUAUGGCAUCCGGUUUGAUGUCAUGGUUUUUGGAAAGGCAGGGAAAUUCAGUGCAGUUCAGCUGAUUAUAUACAUUGGAUCCACACUCUCCUACUACGCACUGGUGAGUCUGAAAACAAUUGCGAUAUACUGUGCUAAUGCGCCCUUGUCUAUAAAGUGCGUACACAGUUUAGCUAGUCCUGCAUCUCUUGAAGGUUAUUUCUUCCAUGUGCAUUGA